GGAGGAGGUGGAGGAGGAGGAGGAAGAUCAGGAGGAGGAAGAAGAGGAAAAAAGAGAAAAAGAAGAAAUAUCACAGAAAAAAAAAAAAAAACCUCUUCGUUGUCUUGCCUGGGCUCUUUUUUUUUUCCCCCUAAAAAUAACAUAUUGGAGAAUUGGGAGAAGUCUUUUUGGUUUGGAAAAAAAAAAAAGGAAUCUUCAGCCUAGAUCACUUUCUUAUCCGGACUGGGAUAUUAAAUAUACGACACAUCCAGGAGUUUAUUGGAGCGCAGACUGAUGGCGCAAAGGUACGAUGAGCUGCCCCAUUACGGCGGGAUGGACGGAGUAGGGGUGCCUGCUUCCAUGUACGGAGACCCUCAUGCGCCGCGGCCGAUUCCCCCGGUUCACCACCUGAACCACGGGCCGCCGCUCCACGCCACGCAGCACUACGGCGCGCACGCCCCGCACCCCAAUGUCAUGCCGGCCAGCAUGGGAUCCGCUGUCAACGACGCCUUGAAGCGGGACAAGGACGCGAUCUAUGGGCACCCGUUGUUUCCUCUGUUAGCUCUGGUCUUUGAGAAGUGCGAGCUGGCGACCUGCACUCCCCGGGAACCCGGAGUGGCCGGCGGAGACGUCUGCUCCUCCGACUCCUUCAAUGAGGACAUCGCGGUCUUCGCCAAGCAGGUUCGCGCUGAAAAGCCACUUUUUUCCUCAAAUCCAGAGCUGGACAAUUUGAUGAUACAAGCAAUACAAGUACUAAGGUUUCACCUUUUGGAGUUAGAAAAGGUCCACGAACUGUGUGAUAACUUCUGCCAUCGGUACAUUAGCUGUUUGAAGGGGAAAAUGCCCAUCGACCUUGUCAUUGAUGAAAGAGACGGCAGCUCCAAGUCAGAUCACGAAGAACUUUCAGGCUCCUCUACAAAUCUCGCUGACCAUAAUCCUGCAUCCUGGCGAGAUCACGAUGAUGCAACCUCCACCCACUCAGCAGGCACCCCGGGGCCCUCCAGUGGGGGCCAUGCUUCACAGAGUGGAGACAACAGCAGUGAACAAGGGGAUGGUUUAGACAACAGUGUAGCUUCACCUGGCACAGGUGACGAUGAUGAUCCAGACAAGGACAAAAAACGCCAGAAGAAAAGAGGCAUUUUCCCCAAAGUAGCAACAAAUAUCAUGAGAGCCUGGCUCUUCCAGCAUCUCACACCCUUCUCGGCCGAAGAGAGAUUUCCACCGUGGCUUUCCAAGCAAACAUCUCCAUGUAUUCGCAGUCCCUCAGUAAUCAAAGUCAACAUCCCAGAACAGCCGAACCUGAGAGAAUUCAGCUGCUCUGUUUGCAAAGGAGGAAACUGAGACCCAGAAAGGGAAGUGAUUAACUCAAGGUCAAGCUGCGACAAGGACCCAACCUUCCCUGUCCCCAGCACUGUGCCUUUUCCACCACAUUAUGAUGACUUUGCUGAAACCCUUAUCCUCUUUCCCUGUGGCCUGUAAACCUCACGCAGCCUCCACCACCAAUACGCUCGGCGUCACGGUGGGAGAUAGGGAGAAGCCAAGUGCCAUUUUCUGUAUUUGCUUUUAAAGCUUCCUGUUCCCCCAGUCUCUCUGAGUAGAGAAGACUUUCUUUGCACCUUUCUCUUCAAGCCGACUCUCUCCUUCACCGGCCGUAUUCUGGGCCUUGAGUCUCCAGUGUCAGUGUCCGGAGCCCUUUCUGGACCUCCCACCUUGUCCUGUCGGUACCUUAUCUCCCACCUCCCUGCCCUGGGCUGAACCCACCGUGCACUGUGGCCACUGGUGAAAAAUUGUGGGUGGCCAGUGAUUGCUGGGCACUCCUUGUGGCUUUGCUGUGCAGGGGGCUACAAACCAACCACAGCACUUUGUCUCCGCCCUGAGAGUGCUUUCAAUCUGGUUAAAGGAACUCGAGACUUGGUGCAGAAUUGUACGGCCAGCUGAAAAUUUUCAUGAAUGCCUGUCCUUGGAGUGGGGAGAGAAGAAUCAAAGAACCUCAGCCAGGCAGUCGGGAAACCGGCCUUUUGAGGUCAGCACGCCCCUGUAACCGGCUGAACCACAGUUAAGCCCAUUAAGUUCUCUGGACCUUCCGUUGUCCCAUUUUUCAAACGAGAGGGACACAGUGCAGGGUCUCCACACUGCAGGGUCCUUUCCUGCACCCAUAGCGCUGGGUUCGCCUCAGGAGCACGUAGCCAGAGCCCCGUUCUGUCCCAGCCUCUGGUCAUCCUUGCCUCCCUGUCCCCCUUUCCUUUUUAGUCUCCGCUAAGUGCUUUAUUUUUCUCCUCCCCAUGACCUUCUUUCACAACAUGCCCCUUUCAUUACUUUCUCCCACUGGCUUUGUCUCCCAGUCUUUCCCUCUGCUCCCCUCCCUUGCCCUUUCUACACCUCCCUUGUAUCAUGAGGAAAUUCUCCUCAGCUGGCUUUCUCUUUGAAAAAAAAAAUUUUUCCCUCUUCAUCCAGAUUUCACCCCAACUGCAGAGAAGAGGUUCAGUCACUUUGAUGAGGAUGGUCCUGUAAAACUUUUACUUUCCAAUCUUUAAUGAGCUGAAAGAUUUACUCAGCUAUAAUUCUGAGCUCAGAAACCAAGAAUAGAGACCCCUAACUAGCGACAUGUUAAUUUAGACUUUUCUUACGUGCACUAACAGGCAUGAGGAAGUCCUUGGAAAUAGAGAUGCCCACUAUAUUUUUCUGUCACUUAAUUAAUUUCAACUUUCAAAGUGAAAUGUUGGCUCUAGCUCACUGAAAAUAGAUGUAGUCUAAAUUAUUAUUUCAUGUAAAUUUCUUCACAAAUGCAUGAUUCAGUGUGCAUUCCUCCAUUCUUAGUCUCUUUAACAUUAUUUCAAACUGGUUUGUUCCCUUUUGUGCAGUAUGACCUGUUCUUGUAUUACAAUAAUCCCCGAUGUACCCUUUUUUCUUUCUUUUUUUUAAAAAGAAGCUAAUUGAAUUAUCUCAUUAUUUUAAUUUGUUAAGCAAAUGUAUUUUGCAUCUCAGGAUGUGUUCUUAAAGAAGGGGGCUGCUGAGGCUUUGCCCCCUGAAUGGGCCAUUGGCCCAUUUUGACAUUCAUGCAUUCAUUAACUAGCAGAACAUAAAAGAACUCUGGUUGUAUUUUUUUUUCCAAACACCCAACCAGCAUGGAGCAACUUUUUCCAAUAAGCCACAGGGGUCUCUCUACAUAUGUUCUCAACUGCAAGCUAUUGUCACCUAUUCUGAAUACCUCAAAAGGCUCAGAGAAAAAAGAAGCCCACCUCAACAAAGGCCAACUGUAGCAAUUGUUAAGCCUUAGUCUCAAUAUGACAAAAAUCAUUAACCUUCAGUUUUCUUGGAAGAACGAGUCCCACUACAACUGUAACAGUUAAAACAGUCUCAAAUUCCUGUGCACCACCAACUUUAGGGGAAAAGGUAAUUCGCUUGCAGCUGAUUGAUUAUAUUGAAGGAGAUAGUUAAACUAAAUCCAAAGUGGCAUUUAAACAAACCAAACUAUUGGAUGAAUUGAGGAAUAUCCGUAUUCAGAGUUAAGCACUUUGAAUUUAAAUUUAAUCUGAGGCUAGAUAAUUCAUUUCUGGUUUCUGACUACCAAUUUCCAAAGUGUCUUUUAAAAAUCCCCUUUAAAAAGCUCAUAAUAACUUAAAAAAAAUA